AUGGAGAAAAACACUGUCGAUUUUAGUCCUUUGCUCACUCCUCGUGGUGACGAAAAUGCAAGCAAGACAGCAUCAUCUUCUCUUGUGUCAGCUACUAAAUGGACUCUCAAGUCUUUAAUCUGCGUGAUCUUUGUUUUGUGGACAACUUUUAUUUUUUUUCAACCUGCAAAGCCUGUGAAGGGCUUGUUUUCAAAAUGGACUAAUCUCAACCGUGAUUCUCUUUUAGGAUUCACUGGAAGCAUUUUUGUGGUCUACACUGCCCCAUUGCUCAUAAUUGCAUUUCUUGCCAUUGCACACCUAAAUCUUACUGGGGAGGAUCAGCUUCAAGGGAAGAAGAGUUCCAAAUAUCCAAGGUUCCGCCUAUGGACAUUUCCUGUGCUUAUCAAAGGACCAUUCGGGGUUGUUUCUGCCGCAGAGCUCAUUGGGAUUGUCCUCUUUCUGCUGUAUGUUGUCUGGGCUACUUAUGUUUAUACUGUGGAGGCCCUUGGGCUUAUCUCUGAAACUCAUCAGUUAUCCUCUAGAGCCAAAAGCAUAUUCAUGAUUGAAAUUAUGGGACUUCGAUCCGGCGCGAUCGGAUUAAUGUGUUUGGCUUUCCUAUUUGUCCCAAUUUCGAGGGGAUCAGUUCUUCUCCGUUAUAUAGAUAUCCCAUUUGAACAUGCCACAAGAUAUCAUGUAUGGCUGGGACACCUCACAAUGUUGAUUUUUACUAUCCAUGGACUUCUCUAUGUUAUUGCUUGGGCAAUGAAUGGCCGCCUAGCACAAGAAUUAGUACAAUGGAAAGAUAUUGGUGUUGCCAAUCUCCCAGGAGUUAUCAGCCUUCUAGCUGGUUUGUUAAUGUGGGUGACCUCUCUUCCUGGAGUACGAACGUGGAACUUUGAGUUGUUCUUCUACACCCACCAAUUAUAUGUAGUCUUUGUUGUCUUUUUGGCCUUGCAUGUUGGUGACUUUAUUUUCACCAUGACUGCUGGUGGAAUAUUUCUCUUUGUGCUUGAUCGGUUUCUGAGGUUCUGCCAAUCACGAAGGACAGUUAAUGUAAUCUCAUCAAGAUGCCUUCCAUGUGGCACUGUGGAAUUGGUUCUGUCAAAACCUCAAAAUUUGAGAUACAAUGCACUAAGUUUCAUCUUCGUUCAAGUCCGGGAACUAUCAUGGCUGCAGUGGCAUCCAUUCAGUGUUUCUUCUAGCCCUUUGGAUGGAAAGCAUCACCUUGCUGUUCUUAUAAAGGUUCUUGGCAGAUGGACAGAGAAGUUGAGACAAAGGAUUGCUGAUGCUGAAGCACAAAAAGAUUAUUCAGUCAUAACAACUUCAGUAGAGGGACCAUAUGGGCAUGAAGUACCAUACCAUUUACUGUACGAAAAUCUUAUAUUAGUGGCUGGUGGUAUUGGACUUUCACCAUUCCUUGCUAUAUUGAGUGACAUUCUCCACCGUGUUAAGGAGGGGAAACCCUGUCAACCAAGAAAUAUUUUACUUGUUUGGGCAGUCAAAAAAUCAAACGAGCUUCCACUUCUCUCAACCAUUGACAUGGAAACAAUUUGUCCAUCCUUUUCAGAUAAAGUAAACAUUGAUAUUCAUAUUUAUGUCACUCGAGAAUCAGAUCCUCCAGUGGAAGAGGGGUACACUUACAAACCAAUAAAAUCUUCAGUCUGCCCUAUGGCAAGUCAUCGUGGCAUGUCUGUUUUGGUUGGUACAGGAGACAAUUUUUGGUCUGGACUUUAUGUCAUCUCAUCUACAGUUGGCUUUGUGAUAUUGCUGGUUUUGUUGUAUACUUACUACAUAAACCCAUUUCACAUAAAUAUAUGGUGGUACAAGGGACUACUAUAUGUAAUCUGCAUGGUUGCAAGUGUUGUUAUCUUUGGUGGUUUAGUGGUUGUAUUGUGGCACAAUUGGGAAAAGCAAAGUUAUUUGAAAGAUAAGUUCAACAAUGUAAAGGUUGAUCAUGAGACUCAUCCAAAUGGCACUUUGGCUCCCAAGGAUCAAAGUCAAGUCAGUAUUGCAAAGUCAACUUUCAUUCGUUAUGGUUCCAGACCAGACUUCAAAGAAAUUUAUGAUUCAAUGUCAGAAAAGUGGGGCCAUGUUGAUGUAGGUGUCAUAGUUUGUGGCCCUUCAACACUUCAGACAAGUGUAGCUGAAGAAAUCAGGUCACACAGCAUGACCAGACAACGCCAUCAUCCCAUCUUCCAUUUCCACAGUCACAGCUUUGAUCUCUAG